AUGUGCGUCCACUUUCAGUCCUGGAACCGCUGCUCCUCCUGCUUCCUCACCUUCAACCGCCGCCGCAACCGCGUGCCCUGCUGGAACGGCAGCCUCUCCCGCUGGCGCGUCCACCGCCACGGCCUGUCCUGCCGCAGCGGCUGGUACGAGCGCGCCGACGACGAGGUGUACACGCACCUGUUUUGCGAGGCGUGCGCCCUCGACGCCGAUGACCAUGCCCACAACAACAACAACAACAACAACGCCAACCACCACCAUGUCGAUGGUGAUAGCAAGGCGGUUAUGAUGGAGGCGUGUAGAGGAGGGAGGAGGAGGACGGAGGACGAAGCUACAGCUCUGACAACGGAUGUGGCUACGAGUAGGGACAUGGCUGUGGCGAAGAAGAGGCGGGUGAGAAGCUUGAAUGGCGUGUUUGCGAGGUUAUUCUCGUUGGGAGACGUUUUGCGCGUUUGCAAGACGAGGAAGGGCAAGAGACGUUUUCGCGUCAGGAUAUGGAUGCUCUGA